AUGCAUGCUCCGGCGAGCAAAGCUUCACCGGAGUUGGGGUCUAAAGAACAGCAUCUCGGGGAUUAUUCAAAUUUUUUAAAAAACAUGUUCGUGAAUGACAAGUCUGACUGGCAUGACAUCUUGUUUUCUUGCGUAAUUAGAACUCAGGCGUGCACCAAUCUUGCUGGGGACAGUAAACUUCAGACGGCCGCUGAUUUUUAUACGAAAAAUUUGUCUCCUAUAGAGUCGGGUUGUUGCAAACCACCGAUUGGGUGCAGGUUUGAGUAUGUGAACGCCACAUUCUGGACGGCAACGGCGUCAGGCGCGGCGGUGUAUGACAGCGACUGCUUCAAUUGGAGGAAUGAGCAAAAGACGUUAUGUUAUAACUGCGAUUCGUGCGAGGCUGGGAUUCUUGAAUAUGCCAGAAAAGACUUGAGAAUUUGGGCUAUAGUCAACCUAGUUCUUGUUCUCUUUCUCUUCGGCGCCUGGUUAGCAUUGCUGUUUUCACUGGAAGAAGAAGAAGAAACUUUAGAAUUACAUUAA